AUGGAUUAUCAGAUUGAUCAGCAUAAGGAUCAAAUUCAAGCCAAGGAGAAUGCAUUCAUCAGGAGUACCUCGGACAUUAGAAUUGGCGAUGCCACAACUAGUGCAACGUCUAUAUCAACAACGGUAGGCGAUGUUGCAACUAGUAACACAUCUACACCCACUACGUUAACAACGUCAACCGAUACAAUACAUAGCGUUUCCUCUGUAUCAACAUUUCUCAGCGAUACUACUGCAACAACACUAUUUGGCGAUGUUACAAAUAGCAGUAUCACUACAACAACAACACCAUCCGAUUCAACUAACAGUAUAUUUUCAACAACAACACCAACCGAUUCAAGUAGCAGUAUCACUACAACAACAUCAACCGAUUCUACUAACAGUAUCACUACAACAACACUAACCGAUUCUACUAAUAUCUCUACAACAACACCAACCGAUUCUACUAACAGUAUUUCUACAACAACACCAAACGAUUCUACUAAUAGUAUCGCUACAACAACAACACCAACCGAUUCUACUAACAGUAUCUCUACAACAACACCAACCGAUUCUACUAACAAAUUCUCUACAACAACACCAACCGAUUCUACUAACAGUAUCUCUACAACAACACCAACCGAUUCAACCAACAGUAUCACUACAACAACACCAACCGAUUCUACUAACAGUAUCUCUACAACAACACCAACCGAUUCAACCAACAGUAUCACUACAACAACACCAACCGAAUCUACUAACAGUAUCUCUACAACAACACCAACCGAUUCAACCAACAGUAUCACUACAACAACAACCGAUUCCACUAACAGUAUCUCACCAACAACAACAACCGAUUCUACUAACAGUAUCUCUACAUCAACAACAACCGAUUCAACUAACAGUAUUUCUACAACAACACCAACCGAUUCUACUAACAAAUUCUCUACAACAACACCAACCGAUUCUACUAACAGUAUCUCUACAACAACACCAACCGAUUCAACCAACAGUAUCACUACAACAACACCAACCGAUUCUACUAACAGUAUCUCUACAACAACACCAACCGAUUCAACCAACAGUAUCACUACAACAACAACAACCGAUUCCACUAACAGUAUCUCACCAACAACAACAACCGAUUCUACUAACAGUAUCUCUACAUCAACAACAACCGAUUCAACUAACAGUAUUUCUACAACAACACCAACCGAUUCUACUAACAGUGUCUCUACAACAACAACACCAACUAAUUCAACUAACAGUAAAACUACAACAACACCAAUCGAUUCUACUAACAGUAAAUCUACAACAACAACAACAACCGAUUCUACUAACAGUAUCUCUACAACAACACCAACCGAUUCUACUAACAGUAUCUCUACAACAACAACACCAACCGAUUCAACUAACAGUAAAUCUACAACAAGACCAACCGAUUCUACUAACAGUAAAUCUACAACAACACCAACCAAUUCAACUAACAGUAAAUCUACCACAACACCAACCGAUUCUACUAACAGUAUCGCUACAACAACACUAACCGAUUCUACUAACAGUAUCACUACAACAACACCAACCGAUUCUACUAACAAAUUCUCUACAACAACACCAACCGAUUCUACUAAUAGUAUCACAUCAACAACACUAACCGAUUCUACUAAAAGUAUCACUACAACACCACUAACCGAUUCUGCUAACAGUAUCUCUACAACAACACCAACCGAUUCUACCAACAGUAUCACAUCAACAACACCAACCGAUUCAACUAACAGUAAAUCUACGACAACAACAACCGAUUCAACUAAAAGUAUUUCUACAACAACAACAACAACCGAUUCUACUAACAGUAAAUUUACAACAACCACAACCGAUUCUACUAACAGUAAAUCUACAACAACACCAACCGAUUCUACUAACAGUAAAUCUACAACAACACCAAACGAUUCCACUAACAGUAUUUCUACAACAACAGCAUUAACCGAUUCGACUAACAGUAAAUCUACCACAACACAAACCGAUUCAACUAACAGUAAGUCUACCACAACACCAACCGAUACAACCAGCACUACCUCUUCAUCAACACAGCCAGAUUCGAGAACCAGCGAUGUUUUCAUAUCAACUACAAUUACAGAAAGGCCAACUGAGACAUGUGUAAUGCAGCGCCAGUUUCAUGAUGGAAAGAUAGUAGAUAUCCCUUGUCUUAAUGAUACUUACAACUGGAUUGUUAUUCAAAGGAGAAUAGAUGGAUCUGUUGACUUUUAUAGAAACUGGACUGAAUACGAGAAUGGAUUCGGAUCUGUUAAUUCUGAAAUCUGGUUAGGUAACCAGUACAUACAUGAACUAUCCAGCUCUGGAUACUCAAUCCUGAGGGUAGAUUUGAUGGAUCAGAACUUUGAGGAGAGAUAUGUGGAAUACAAUUUCUCCGUAGAGGAUAGUGCAAAUAAGUAUAGACUUCAAAUUACAUGCAGGGAAACUUGUGAUAUUGACAGCCUGUGGACUGGUCUCUUUUCUACUUACGACGAAGAUAAUGAUAACUGGGCUCAAAGAGAUUGUGCAGUGGACUACAGUGGCGGAUGGUGGUACUCAUAUGAUGCAUACUGUACGGAGGGAAAUCUUAAUGGAAUGUACAAUACUGAUGGCAAAAAAAAGAAUGAAAAGCGGGGGAUCUACUUUUUUCAUUGGCAUGGAUAUGAACCACUAACAUUCGCCCGAAUGAUGGUUCGACAACCCUGAAUGU